AUGGCUGUGUGGGGUGGGCAGGUGAGCGUCCCAGGCCGCAGCACUGGGCAAGAGGAGGAGGAGGAGGAGGUGCAUCAGCCUUCGAGUUCCCUCCCAAACUGCAAUGAUGAAUGGGAAAGCCCAGGCCGGCGGAGCACGCAGCGUUUGCGAGGAGCCGCUCGGAUAGCAGCAAGGGCUUUUGGAGAAUAUCUUUCACAAAACCAUCCUGAAGGUAGAAACGGCUCAGAUCACCUGUUAGCAGACUCCUAUAUUGGACAAGAGGACUCCCCUGAGAUGCAGCAGGCAGCACAGAACAAGCGCAGGCUCUCCGUCAUCUCGGACGGCAAGUUUGAGAGGAGCUUCUCCGAGGAGCAGGCGGAGAAGAUGCCAAGUGAGGGACCAAAGCCACGAGUUUACACGAUCUCCGGCGAGCGGCCGAUGCUGUCGGACCAUGAGAACGAAAGCAUGGAACUGGUGGUGAUGAAGGGGGCCGCCCAAGAGGAGUGCCACCACGGCCACCCUAUGCACAGUGCUGGCGGCUCUCACGGCGUGAGCAGGCAUUGCAAAGGCUGGCCGGGCAGUCGGCAGGGCUCCAAGGAGUGCCCAAACUGCACCCGGCUGGCUCCUCCUUCCCAGCAUUCCUUUGACCUGGAGCAGCAUCAAUCCAGCGAGUCAGGGUGGCACAGGAAAAGGCUGGAGAGGAUGUAUAGUGUCGAUCGAGUGUCUGAUGAUGUCCCUAUACGAACCUGGUUCCCAAAAGAGAACCUCUUCAGUUUCCAAACUGCUACUACAACUAUGCAAGCCAUCUCGGCAUUCAGGGGCUACGCAGAGAGGAAGAGACGGAAACGAGAGAAUGAUUCCGCAGCUGUUAUACAGAGGAAUUUUCGGAAGCAUCUCCGCAUGGUGGGGAGCCGAAGGGUUAAAGCACAAACAUUUGCCGAACGGCGUGAGAGGAGCUUCAGCAGGUCCUGGAGUGACCCGACUCCCAUCAAAGCUGAUUCCUUCCAUGACUCUCGAGAAAGCCAUGACCUUCAGGAUUCCUCUGGCACUUUGGAUGGAGACUUUGACUUGAACUGGGAAGCAGAAAAGGAGAUUGAAGCCAUGGCGUGUGACGGAGAAGACUUUAUUCCACCAAAAAUAAUGCUCAUUUCUUCUAAGGUGCCCAAAGCUGAAUAUGUCCCAACGAUUAUCCGCAGGGACGACCCUUCCAUCAUCCCCAUUCUCUAUGACCACGAACACGCCACCUUUGAUGACAUCCUAGAGGAAAUAGAGAAGAAACUCAACAUUUAUCGGAAAGGCUGCAAGAUCUGGAAGAUGCUAAUAUUUUGCCAGGGAGGUCCUGGUCACUUAUACUUGUUAAAGAACAAAGUUGCCACCUUUGCCAAAGUGGAGAAGGAGGAAGAUAUGAUCCUCUUCUGGAAGAGGUUGAGCCGGCUGAUGAGUAAAAUCAAUCCUGAACCAAAUAUCAUUCACAUCAUGGGCUGCUAUGUUCUUGGAAACCCCAAUGGGGAGAAGCUAUUUCAGAAUCUGAAAAACUUAAUGAAUCCUUAUAGGGUUGCCUUUGAGUCUCCACUUGAACUCUCAGCUCAAGGUAAGCAGAUGAUUGAGACUUACUUUGACUUCCGCCUUUACCGCCUCUGGAAGACCCGCCAGCACUCUAAGCUAUUGGAUUAUGAUGACAUUUUAUGAGCUGGAGAAGACUUUGCAAGAAGUAGUUGAUCACCGGUGUCUAAGAAGUCAUGCUUACUGCAGAGAGACUUUUUUACUGGCACAGGGAGCCCUUCAAAGCCCUAGAGGAGGCAGCAGCGCUGAAGGGAGGGAAGAAGGAGCCCUCAGAAGUGUAUCAGGAGGAAAGUCUCCUGGGUCAAGAGAGACUGGAGGGAAAGGGUUUGACACCUCGCUCGCCUCAGGGCAGAGCCGUGGUGUCUCAGGAGGAGCUGUGUGAAACGAGGACAGGAUGGAGUUCCUUGCAGAACUGAGCUGUUUUGGGUCAGAAUGGGCCAGAUUUGAUUCCAGGUCCUUUUAAAGACUUUUGAAGCUCAGGUUUUCUUACAAAAAAUAAAACAAAUUACCCAUGCACUACAGUAAAGAAGUGACCAGAGCACAGAGGAAGGAGGGGUUUGUACUGAUGGGACCUUCUGUGCUGGGGAUCUUGGAGAGCAAGGACUGCUACACCUACUCCUGCAAGCUUAGAUCAAAACGAUCCAGUUUCAAUGUGCAUAUAUACUGGAAUAUAGAAUUGAAGUCUAACUUUUUUGUUUUGUUUAAUAGAAAAUAAGUGCAAUUUUUAUAGAGAGAGGGGUAAAAUCCCUCCCAAUAUUUAAUUAGUUAAAAAUAACACACCAGUAACCAAUAGAUGAGGUAUUUUUGGUCUGCUUGAAAAUAUAUUCAAAAUGGUAAUAUAUCUUCUGUAGACAUAUUUAAUCACCAGCAAACAUGGUUUUAAC